GAAAGCGACGGCCGUGGAGGAGAGCGGGAGAGAAAAGGAGAGCGGCAUGGUCCCGGCUGUUCUGGCCGCUCUAGCCGCCCUCUACUCGCUGGUGUGGCGCGGCCUCUCUCACUCCGGGCUGGAUGGGAGCCUCGCUCCCCGCGGACGGAGGCCAGCCCUUCCGCUUCCUUUCUGGAGGCCGGUGGCGGAGGGAGGGCCGCGCGGCGACAGGGAAGAGCUAGGAGGAAGGCAGGCAGGCAGGUUCUCUCGCGCACAUCCGCCGAGCCGGCCUGGCCUCCCCGCCCGCAGCGUCCUUUCCCGCAGGCAGCGGCUCCGGCCCGUGCGCCCCCCGUUCUCUUCUCCGGACCGGGCUGGGCUAAGUUCGCCCCUCCCUCCCUCCCUCCCCGUCGGGGUUCGAGAGAGAGUUUCCCGGGCCCAUCUCGGUGUGUCCCAUGGACAGGCACAAAGUGAAGCGCCAGAGACUGGACCGCAUUUGCGAAGGUAUAAGGCCUCCCAUUGGUAAUGGCCCAAUGCCAGCCCGUCCAUUGGUUGCCCUUCUUGAUGGCAGGGACUGUACUGUAGAGAUGCCUAUCCUGAAGGACGUAGCAACUGUGGCUUUCUGUGAUGCACAGUCAACUCAGGAAAUUCAUGAAAAGGUGCUAAAUGAAGCUGUUGGGGCUCUUAUGUACCAUACCAUUACCUUGUCGCGCCAAGAUCUAGAGAAGUUCAAAGCUCUUCGGGUCAUUGUGCGAAUUGGCAGUGGCUAUGACAAUGUGGAUAUCAAGUCAGCUGCAGAAUUGGGCAUUGCAGUGUGCAACAUCCCUUCAUCUUCCGUGGAAGAGACAGCUGAUUCUACCCUCUGCCACAUCCUUAAUCUUUAUCGGCGGGUUACCUGGCUUCACCAGGCCAUGCGGGAAGGAAACAGAGCCUCAAGUAUGGAACAGAUAAGAGAAGUCGCUGGGGGUGCUGUGCGUAUCCGUGGCGAGACCUUGGGCAUCAUUGGUCUUGGUCGAGUUGGGCAAGCAGUUGCCUUGCGUGCGAAACCGUUUGGCUUCAAUGUGGUUUUCUAUGAUCCGUAUCUACCUGAUGGAGUGGAGCGUUCCCUGGGACUGCAGCGGAUGGCCACUCUGCAAGAUCUGCUCAUGCACAGUGACUGUAUCACGUUGCACUGCAGUCUAAACGAGCACAAUCAUCACCUCAUCAACGACUUCACUAUUAAACAGAUGCGUCAGGGCUGCUUUUUGGUGAAUACAGCUCGUGGGGGACUGGUCGAAGAGAAGGCUCUUGCUCAAGCCCUAAAAGAGGGAAGGAUCAGAGGGGCAGCAUUGGAUGUGCAUGAGUCAGAGCCCUUCAGCUUUGCAAAUGGGCCCUUAAAAGAUGCUCCUAAUGUGAUCUGUACUCCUCACACAGCCUGGUAUAGUGAACAGGCUUCCAUUGAGUCUAGAGAGGAUGCGGCUAAGGAGAUCCGAAGAGCCAUCACAGGUCACAUACCUGAUUCUUUGAGGAACUGUGUUAAUAAGGAGUACUUACUUUUAGCAGCUCAGUGGUCCAGUAUUGAUCCGGCAGCUGUACAUCCAGAGCUUAAUGGAGCUGCAGCUUACAGAUUUCCUCCAGGAGUAGUGGGAGUAGCAAAUCCGGGGCUGCCAGAACCACCAGUAGAGGGGAUUGUAGCUGCUCAUGGCAUUCCCUCCGUGUCUCAUUCUGCACCACAUACUCCUUCUCCAGGAGAGUCAAGCAAGUUGGAGCCAGACAGAGAAAUCUCCACUGACCAGUAGCAUCUCUGUUUUUCAUUUUGUCCCUCAUAAGAAAACAGGGGAACUCUCCUGUUUUUAGGACAUAUUGUGACCCCAUGAACUGUUUCCUGUUCACACCGGACAGGAGAAUGCAUUUCAUUGUUGGCAAAUUCUAGCUCUUGCCUUUAAACAGGUAUUUUAUAACAGAUUUAGUUGAAAUUUCUUGGUAAAUCUCUUUCCUUGUCUGGGGGCAAUGAAAUAGUCCUCUUGAUAACAUUUAGUUUUUAACAAGCAAGUUCUUGUGCAUGUGCCUCCACUGUGUGCUAUGGAGAAGAGAAGUACCUGGCUGAACACUGAAAACACCAGUCAUUCCAAAGCUGGUGUGGAUUUUUUAAAAAUGUGGCUUCUUAGGUUGAAGAGAGCUAAGUCUCAGGUACCAAGUGACAAAGAACACUGUAACUGGGUUGGGAAGGAGGCUGUGCAUACGGACUGUCCUUGCUCAUUGGUGAGGACCUGCUACUUUGAACUCUGCCUACGUGCUGUUAAAUUGAUGUGGUUGGUGGAUUACUUGCUACCAGUAGGCUGAGAUUAGGUAAUAACGAAAGCCAGGGAAAUUUGAAAUUUUGCCUGGUUUCUGAUUUGUGUUCAAAACAUGUACGAAGAAUCAGUUGACUUUUCUUGACAGCAAGAUGCUUCUAAAAUUAUGAGAAGGAAGAUUCAGCUGAAAUUUGGGCCCAGCUCAGGGAAUGAACACUCAGCCCUACGUAGAGGGGUCGAAGUUUCCGAACUCAAGGCUUUAGGUUGCAUAAAUGUCUGGUCUUUGUUCUCAUAAUAGUGCAACUUUGCUUACAAGAAGAUGAUUAUGCUUACAUUUUAGAAUUUAACUUAUGACCUAAGUGUCUUUGAGCCGUCUCUUUAACACACAUCUAAAGCUGAACCUAGGAUUAUUCCCUCUGUUGUCUAGUGCGAAAUAUCCCAGGUGUAUGUGCUGAAUCUUCAUAUUCCUUACUUCAGACAUUUUUUUCUGAAUUGAGUCCUUAUCUCGCAAAAAACAAAGCCCAGCAAAACUCACUCUUGAAUACCCUGCAGAUAUUUUUCUUGAAAUUAUAUAGGUGGCCUAUUCUGUGCCAAUUUCUAAAGUUUUUCUGCCUUGAUUGUUGCAAAUGAGGCAUUUAAUCUCUAUAAAUUGUCUUUUAUGGAGGAUAAAUUUAUCAUUCCCUGGUACAUUGUUCAAGCAGCAUAUAUUUCAUUGUGAAACCAAGUAUUUUCUCUUGCUGGAAGACAGCUUCGUCAUGUCACUUGGACACCACAGAACUUCGUGGCCAUGCAACAACUAUGGUUUUUAAUGAAGACUGCUUCAGAAUACAGCUUGAGAGGUGAACUUUGGGAGUGAAAAAUGGGAAGUCUUUGCUCUAAUAGAAAUCUAUCUUUCCCUUGGUUUUUCCAGAUAAAAAUUCCAGUUGGGUAACAUAGAAACCCCAGCUUAGGUAUGAUUUACAACCAACAUUCCCUCUAACUUUCUGGAAUGCUGGGCAUGAGCUCUGUCCUAUGUUUGCAAGCUUCUGGUCUCAACCAGAAGCAAAUAGGUGGCAACACUGGCUUGGUUUUGUGACCUUGAUCCAGCACUGCAUGUGCACAUGCAGCUUAGAGGGAAUGGUAUUUACAACUGAUCUUGUUAAAAGGCUAGCCUGUUCUCAGGCUUCCCAUUGUUUUCUGAAGUGUUUUGCAAAUGUUGCAGGAUUUUUUUUCAAUGGCAAGGGCUAACUUGCAGGCACAUGAUCCCUUAGGUUGUGUGCCUGCCAGUUGAGAAUGUGUUGAGAGCCAAUUUCGUUCUUUCCUUGAGGUGGUAUAUGGUUCCCUGAUAGUGUGUGCUUUUGUUAGAAUGUGAGUUGGAAGUGUUUGGUGUAGUGUAGGCUCUGGUAGUUGGGGAGGCACAAUAGCUUUAUAGUCUCUUGGAUGAUUAUGACUAUGUGUUUAAAAUUCACAUACCUCUUGGGUUGCUCAGGGUUUUUAGCAGUAUGUGCAUGGGGGAAGUGCUCUAACCAAUGUUAGUGCUAAGUGUGGCAGAAAGAGGGGGGUGAGCCUUUGAAUGAAGCCUCCAGCUCUGAAGUGCUUUAGUUUGACACAAAAGCAACAAGUUUUUUUUAAAUUAAUAUUUGUACUAAUCUGCUGUAACUAUCCUAAACUCUAUAAUCAUGAGCCAUUUGUGCUGGUGCAGGCAUAUAACACGUUGGACUCUUAGGAGUUAAAGGAUUGCCUCCGUUCCAUACCUUCUUCUUGUGUUGUGACUUUCCUGUAUGCCCCCAUUCCAAAAUUAGGUUUAGACUGUUGCAAAAAACUAUUGGUUGGGAGUAGUAUUGGUCAGAUGUAGCUCUAAAUCAAGGUAUAAAGGGCAGAAGGGAUGAAUCUGAGAGGGGAAACACAGCUUGAUGUCCCAUGGCCUGCUGCUGAGCUGUUAGCCCCAAUUUGAGGCCCAGCAUUCUAUUAUGUCUUCAUAAACCCUUGAAAAGCUGUAUUCUCUAGUGAGUAAACUUUCUGGCUAUGAAUGGGCUGCAUAUAUUGCCCUUCGCAGUCUAUUUAUUUAACAGAAGUCCCAUCUACAAAGUAUUUAACACACUUUUUAUUCAUCCUAGAUAGUCAUAUCAUCAGGUGUUGCUCCUGUGGGCAGUUCAGGGCUUUGUAUAUUUUCUGUCAAAUUCUAUUCCACUGCAUCCAUGUUUUGACACAUAAUGCCCCGAAUCCUUUUACUUACACCUGCCAGUGUAACUACAGUAGCAUAAAUGUCAACAGUGAAUUGCUACAAGUUAGUGCUAGCUUUUCUUGUUACACAGCUGUUGGAUGACUUGGCACAUGAUAAGGAAAACAAGUGCUAAGUUUUAAAUUCAUGGAAGUUCAUUGAUAAAAUUUACAUGGUUGGAGUUAACACCAGCUUAAGUAUGUAAGAGGAUUCUAGCCACUGAAUAAUAUCCAGAGCGAUAGCUGUGUUAAUAUAUUGCAGUAAAUACAAGCGUAUUGUGGCAUGUCAAAGACAGAUGCAGUUAUUAAGGUAUAAGCUGUUGUAGACCAGUGUUGACUUUGUUAUGUGCAAGAACUGUAAUUCUUAAUUGCCAGGUACAAAACCUACCAAUUUAACAUGUGGCAAAGGUGACUCUGCUCCACAAAACAUACCAUAAUAAAUCUAUCAGUCUUUAAGUUGCCACAAAGCUGAUUUAUAAUAACAUAAGUAUGCAUGUAUUUCUGCUUCCAAUAUAUUUUCAUUAUAUUUGGGAUGCUGUACUAUGACUGAGGGGGCAAGGAAAUGCACAGUAUGAAGGACAUGGAGAUUGGAGUAGAAAGACAAAGGGUAGGAAGUGGUAGUUAUGGAGGAGGAGCCGAGAGUUCUAUAGGGCCCUUAGGCCCUUUUAGUUUCUUGAACUUUACGGAAUUAUACAGAAUAUGUAUUUCCUCCGAUAUAAUGUCUCUCCUCUUACUAGCCAGGGCACCAGCCCCUCUUGGAGAUGAUGGUGUAUUAGUGGCCUAUUACAAACCAGCUAACUCCAUUGGCUUGAUAACUGCCUCUUCUAUGUGGGCAACCCAUAAUUUGAGUGUUCCUUCUUUAGAGAAUCAGGACAGUGAUUCCCCUGUGUCAUAUUGUAUUACAAGCAGAGUACAGUAUAUCAGCAGUUUCUUUUCCUCAACUUGCUGUUGGCAAUUCCUGUCUUCUGUUUAUAAGAUUUCUAAAUCAGGUCCCAACUGUGGGAGUGCCCAGACUCUGUUAUCUUGCCUGUUCAGGGAUAGUGUAAGAUGCACUUAAUUAAAGGUGGCAGCCGUGUAUUAGUAAGCAAGAUAUUUUUUACACAUGAAUACCUCUAAUGAUUUAUCAGGUAAAGUCUCCACAAGAGGAGAGAUAGGGAUGAUAGCUGGCUAGCACUGAGCUUCUUGUUUUCUAGAAACCAUGCUGCUUGCCAUACAAGGAAUAUAUAUCCAUCAGUGGUAGGGUUGUGUUAGUCUCUGAAUGCUGAUAGAGCAUGGUUCAAGCCUUAAACCUUUGAAAACAACCAGUAUUAUCCAGACCUCCAUUUGAGAAUUAAAAUUACUUCAAAAUUAGCAGAGUGGCAUUACUUUGAGCAUUCAGAUUAGGACACAUUACUUUGAGCAGCCAGAGACUCUAGCUAAUCAAGCUUCUGUUCCAGAAAGCAGGACUGGCCGGGUGCUGAUAAAAGUGCUCCAGUUGCACGUGUGUAUUGUUGGUUAGAACAAUAAUCAACAGCAGUUGCCACAGAAAGGGGUGAAUCAUAGGUAUAAAUACUAACAUCAGAUUCUCUCCUGACACCUAAUGUUCGUUCAGGAACCCCUUUCUCAUAUGUAUAAUGUGCAACUUUUUGCUCCAUGUUUUUUGCAUGCUGGGGGAGGAAAGGAAUGGGUGAAAUUAAAACUCAUGUUUAAAUUGCCUUCCUUCUGAAUUAAUGUGGAGCGUAAUCCCAAAGAACGUAUUUUUCCUAAUGUUGAGGCAAGAGUGUCCUGGGUCAUACCAAGCUAAUCUGCAGGAGGAGCUCACUCUGUCCUAAGGUAUAUUCUACUUGUCAAGUUUGCUGUUGCUGACCAGCUUUUUUUUAUAGAGGACUCAGAGUUUCAGAAAUAUAUUUUUGUAGACAAUAACUAAACUGUGAAACUUAAACAAUAAAGCAUGUAAAAGCAUUUCCAAUAAUGUUUCCUGUACAGUUGUUUCUCCCUUCAACUUUCUCCUGGCUUUUGUUAGAAGUUUGACAAUUUCUUGAAUAUAUUUUAAUAAAUAUUUCCUUUAUGGUGACAUCAA